AUAUAUCGCCGCUUCUUUAUAGCCCGUGCGGGGGGGCUGCGUAAUGCGAUUGGCUAAUGGGGUGUCCGGAAGUCUCUAAACUACAGAUCCCAGAAUGCUCAGCCAAAGCCCGGGGAGCUGACGUUAGCCUCCUGUUGUCAUGUGACUACUCCCUAGUGCGCCUGUUAUUGGUCAGCCACCAUUUCUGGGGUUUCUCUGCCCAGAUGCAGGGUUAGACGACUGAGCGCCAUGGCGAGUGCUGCCAAGCCCCUGAUUGCGGUGUGCCAGAUGACUUCUACGUCCGACAAGGAGAAGAAUUUCGCCACGUGUUGGGGGCUGAUCCGGGGGGCUGCGGCGCGGGGGGCCUGCAUGGUGUUCCUGCCGGAAGCCUUUGACUAUAUUGGGGGCAACGCCGAGGAGACGCUGAGCCUGGCCGAGACCCUCCAUGGGGACACUAUCCAGCGUUACUCCCAGCUUGCCAGGGAGUGCGGCCUUUGGCUUUCCCUGGGGGGAUUCCACGAGAAAGGACCCAACUGGGACACGGACCGACGCAUUUCCAAUUCUCACGUGGUCUUGGACAAUACAGGGCACAUAGUAUCCGUGUACCGCAAGGCUCACCUGUUUGACGUGGACUUACAGAACGGAGUGUCACUCAGGGAGAGCAGUUUCACCCUGCCCGGAGCGGAGAUUAUUCGCCCAAUCAGCUCUCCAGCAGGAAAGCUCGGCCUUGGGGUCUGUUACGACCUCCGCUUCCCAGAAUUCUCCCUGGCACUGGCCCAAGCUGGAGCUGAGCUUCUCACUUACCCUUCUGCCUUCACCCUCACCACUGGGCUGGCACACUGGGAGGUAUUGCUAAGAGCCCGCGCCAUAGAAACCCAGUGCUACGUGGUUGCAGCGGCACAGACGGGCAGCCACAAUCAGAAGCGGGCAUCCUACGGACACGCCAUGGUGGCAGACCCCUGGGGGGCGGUGAUUGCCCAGUGCCAGGAAGGAACAGGAGUCUGUUACGCUGAGAUCGACAUUCCCUACGUGGAACGAGUGCGGCGGGAGAUGCCGGUGCGGCGGCACCGAAGGGCAGAUCUGUAUGGGAAAAUCUCCUUUAAUAAACCUGACUGACCCCCCUAACGGAUCAAUGGUUUCCUGCUGUUACUGCACCUGUGGGGGGCAAAUUCCUUCCCCCGACUGCUGAAAUUCCUCAAUUGCCCCUGGCAAUGAAUGUGACCGGGAAUUCCCUGGUUAUAGCACUGAUUCUGCGCAGUAAUUCCUAAUAAACAUGCUGAACUUUA